GUGUUGUCGAUAAAAGAAAUGUCGCAAUUAUUACCUGUUACCAUUUGAUGAUCAGUUGCACAGUAUACAUGUAUCUAUCUCUUUUUGGUGUACAGUUUACUCUAUUGCCAGGUUAUUUUAAUACAUACGAAUUGUGUACAAAAGCAAGCUAUUAGCAAUAUUAAGUGUUACAGUUAUUUCUUAGAAUAUGAAAAUGACAAGAUCUGAUGUAUCAACUGAAACUAAAUCUAAUACUGAAAAAACAGGUAAUAAUCCUUUAGAACAAUUUGUCUUAUUAGCAAAAACAGCUAAAGGAGCUGCGGUACUGGAAUUAAUAAAACAAGCAAUUGAAACUCCUGGAGUUCACGUUUUCGGUGAACUUUUAGAUAUGCCUAAUAUCAAAGAAUUGGAAAAUGGACCUUAUGUAGCAUAUUGGAAUACAUUGAAUCUUUUUGCUUAUGGAACCUACAAAGAAUACUUAGAAAACAAAAAUAUAUUAGUUGAAUUGACUCCAGUCCAAAAAAAGAAAUUACAACACUUAACAAUUGUAACAUUAGCCACAAAGUCUAAAUGUAUACCAUACUCAGUACUAUUAGACGAAUUGGAUAUAAAGAAUGUUAGAAAUUUGGAAGAUUUAAUAAUUGAAGCUGUCUAUGCUGAUAUUAUAAACGGAAAAUUAGACCAAAAAAAUUGUCAGUUGGAAGUAGAUUAUGCUGGUUUAGGACGUGAUGUAAAACCAGGAGAUACUGGCGCUAUUACUGAAACACUUGCAGAGUGGGGCAAAACUUGCAAUGAUAUUUUAGAAUGUAUUGAACAACAAGUUGUUCGAGCAAAUGCUGAAAAACAGCGAGCAAUUCAUCACAAAGAAAAAAUCCAACAAGAUGUUCGUAAUUUACUAUUGAUCGUAAUAUUGCAAAUACAAAAAAAAACCUCGUGUCUCCAAGCGGUGCCAGUGGAAUUCAAGAAGCUGAUACGGUAGCAGGUAAUUCUGGUACAGGAAAUAGUGAUUCUUGUAGAGAAGCUUUACCAGUUCUACCAGAUGCAAAAAGGAAACAACAAAAAGGGAAAGGUAUUAGAGGAGGUGGUAAGUUUUGGAAAACUUAAACGAAAAAAGUUGUUUAUCUAGGAAUUUAAAUGGUAUAGCUGGUAUCAACAGUACACCUACGAAAUUGUGUAUCUUAGUUGGAUAACAAAGAAGUCUGCAGUACAAAACUAUCUUGACCAUCCUCAAACUCGGAGUGAUACAUUUCAUGGUUAUUGAUUUUUGAAGUACAAAAAUAGUUUUUACGUAAUAUUAAAGAUUAUUUAUAAUAUUUUGUAUACAACAGAAAAUUAAUGGUAAUAGAGAUUGUAAUAGCAAGACACAUUCUUGCUACUACACAGUUCAUCCAUUUUAAAAAAUUUAUAAGGAAUAAUAACUUUAAGCAAAGACAAAUUUAGUUUUUAAUUGCAUAUUUAUCGUUGGUUGGAAAUUAUAACAAGGUAAUGAAACGAAAUAUUUUGUGUUAUCAUUAAAGUGUUAUACUAUUUUUUUAUUAUAUAAUAAAUUGACGUGAUUAUAAACGUGAGUUAUACGUUUUAAAGUUUGAAGAAUAACCGAUACUAACCGUCUUUUUAGUAUUUACCUAUUUGGCCUUUUAUUAUAUAAAUUUUGUGGAUAAAAAAAAACUUAACAUAAAUCUUUUGUUUGCAUUACAAAAUUAAAAAAUAUUUAUAAAAAUACAACUUAUAACAUUGACUGAAAUGCUUUAUUUUUCAUUUCAACUCAUUUGACAAAACAAAUAUAUCUUUUUAAAUAAAUUAUAUUACAUAAUUUGACAUCUACCGAUAAUUUUACAUACCCGUGUUUUUGAUAAUUUUAAAAUUAUUUUCAUUUAAACUCUAUUUAUUUAUAUGUUUGGCGAGUAUAGUAAAUGCACAUAUUACAAUAAUAUAUUCGUCGUUUUCUUAAAUUGUAUUAGAAUAGUAAUCAAUAUUUAAGUGAAAGUCCUCUUAAAAUGUAGUAUUUACACUUUAUAAUUUUUGUUUACAUUAUCGACGUAAUUACAAAAUGAAUAAAUAAAAUUCCUUUUUUUUUAAUUUUUGCACAACAAAUAUAUAGCAUAACAAUUAAAAUGUUAUACAGAUUAUGGUAAUUGAUGAUUUGGCGUUAUUUUUUUAAUUGUUAGAUUAAUGCUUAUAAUAUAAUAUUAUUUACAGUAGAUUUCUCGAUCCUCUUUAUACAAUAUAUAGUUUGAUAAUUUAUUUACACUUUGCUGUUAAUAAUUAUCACAAAACAGAUAUUAUUGUAAUGAGUUGUCAAGGUGUCUCAACGAUUCUGAAGAAUCAGUAUUUUUUGUUAUCGCAGCAGGUUCAGAAUAUUGGGCUCAAAUAUAUUCAAAACCUACUCGAGAGACCUUAUUACAAUACAACUGUUAAAAAAAGGAAUCAAUGGCAGAAGAUACAUUGUAGAUUAUAUUAGUCAAAAUCUAACAAGUUUCAAAUCUGGUUGAUGACUAUAGUAAAAGGCAACAAUGUAAUAAGAUUUUUAUAAAUAAACAUGUAACUUCUUAAUAAUUUGUACAGUUCGCAUAAUAAAAAGUAAAAUUUGUAUUAGUAAUGGUCAAUAAAGUACUCGAAUGAUUA